UAAUCAAGCUACAAAUUGGUCCACAAAUCAUUUGUUCACAUCUUUGUCCUCUCCCUCUCAUCAUCCCACAUUCUUGUCAGACUUAACCCACACCGCCCAAUCGAAAUCCUCUCAAAUUUGAAAAAAUGGGGCACUUUGAUUUCAUCAAGAAAUUGAAGUUUCAAGAAUCCUCUCCUGCAGUUGUGGGAUGCUUCUUUUCCAGCCUCUGCCUAAUCUCCUUCUUUCUGUUACUCGAUUACAGAGUCCUCAAUGGGCAGCUGCUGCUUCUGAGCAGCUGGUUCAAGUCAUCGGAGAAAGUGGGGUUUCUUGAAAUUGGUUGUGACAUAUUUAGUGGGAAUUGGGUGUGGGAUGAGAGCUACCCUCUCUACCAAUCCCAAGAUUGCAUGUUUUUGGAUGGUGGAUUUCGAUGCACUGAGAAUGGGCGGCCUGAUCACUUCUACACCAAGUGGCGUUGGCAGCCUAAAGAUUGCAACUUGCCCAGAUUUGAUGGAAAAGUGAUGCUUGAAAAGCUGAGAGACAAAAGGAUAGUUUUUGUUGGAGAUUCAAUUGGAAGAAACCAAUGGGAAUCCCUUUUGUGUAUGUUGUCUUCUGCCAUUGGUAAUAAAACUUCCGUGUAUGAAGUGAACGGAAGCCCUAUCACGAAGCAUUCGGGCUCGUUGAUCUUCAAAUUCUCCGAUUUCAACUGCACAGUCGAAUACUACAGAGCUCCGUUCCUCGUCCUACAGAGCCGAGCGCCUCCAGGCACUCCGGAGAUGAUCAAAAUGACCCUCAAACUCGAUCACAUGGAUUGGAGCUCCAAGCAUUGGAAGGAGGCGGAUUUGCUCGUUUUGAACACUGGCCAUUGGUGGAACUACGAGAAGACCAUUAGAGGGGGAUGUUACUUCCAAGAAGGGGACGAGAUCAAGAUGGGGAUGAGCGUCGGGGACGCGUUCCACGCGUCCCUGAGGACUCUCUCAGAUUGGAUAACCCGCGAAGUGAACUCCUCCAAGACCCAUCUCGUCUUCCGAGCCUACUCCCCCAUUCAUUUCGGAGGCGGAGACUGGAAGAACGGCGGCACCUGCCAUCUCCAGACGCUGCCCGAUCCGGGCCCACCGCCUUCCUCCUCAUACGUAGAGCUGGAAACCGUGUUAGAUGGCCUAUCCGAGCAUCUAAAAACUGGGAAUGUGGAGUUACUGAAUGUGACUCUGAUGACUUCUCAGAGGAAAGAUGGCCAUUCCUCCUUGUAUUAUUUAGGUCCCAACGGGGGACGAGCUCCGAUCCACCGCCAAGACUGCAGCCACUGGUGUCUCCCCGGCGUGCCCGAUUCGUGGAACGAGCUCCUCUUCGCCGCCUUCCUCAAACGACAGUCGUCGUCGUCUUCUUCUUCUCCCCCUGCCUCAGCCUGACUGACUCAAUCACCUCCACAUUUGGGAGUCAUUCAACAUAACAAAACCACAGAUUUUGUUUCUACACAGAUAUAAAGCUUAUGUUGUUGCAUAUACACAGGACUACUGUAAUUAGGGCUCCAAUUUUGCAGCAAAUUGUAUAAAUCAAAUCUCUGAUUCUGCCAAUUUACACAAAUGUAAAGCUUAGUGCUCCAAUUUUGCAGCGAAUUGCAUAAAUCAAAGCUCAGAUUGUGUUCAA